AUGGCACCUGACGCAGGUAUCGGAUAUGGACGAAAGCCUCGAAAGCUUGUUCUCUGUUUCGAUGGGACAGGGAACAAGUUCCAUGGUGACGAUAGUGACAGCAACAUCCUCAAGAUCUUUCGCAUGCUUGACCGUCAAGCUGACGACCAGUACCACUACUACCAACCGGGCAUCGGAACAUAUGUCGUCUCAGGAUCACUCACUCAUACCGGAAUUCGAGCUCGCUUUGGCUCUUGGUAUCAAAAAGCCAAAGACUCGGCCAUUGGCUCUUCAUUCGACCAGCAUGUCGUAGGAGGCUAUCGAUUCCUGAUGCGAUUUUAUAACCCCGGCGAUGAGAUCUACAUGUUUGGCUUUAGUCGAGGAGCAUAUAUCGCACGUUUCCUUGCUGAAAUGCUCGACUAUAUCGGUCUCUUAUCGCACGGCAAUGAGGAAAUGGUCAAGUUCGCGUGGAAGGCAUUUGCUCAAUGGCAAGGUCGUGAGCAAAUUCCUGAAGACGAGGAAGACUGUGACAAGCCACCAAGCAAAGAGACCGAGGCCGCAAAGAAGAAGAGAGACGAAAUGUUUCAGUUCAUGAAGGGCUUUCGAGAAACAUUCUCUCGCCCAGUUGGCCGUAUCCGCUUCCUUGGACUGUUUGAUACAGUCAAUUCUGUUCCAAGGUUUGAGACAGCUUGGAUGCAACGCAGCAAGUUUCCGUACACCGCACGCAGUAGUGCACGAGUAAUUCGCCACGCCGUCAGUAUCGACGAGAGACGAGCCAAGUUUCGUCAGGAUCUCAUGUAUCAAGAUCGGCCCAAGCAGAAGGAUGACAAAGGACAUCACUUUCACAAGGCGAUCAAUGACAUCCGCGAGGAACUCAACGGGCACGAUGAUCGAGGCAGAAAAAGCAACCAUCUCUCUCCUAACGUGAAGAGAGGUGGCCGAAAGAAGAAGGGCAACGCAUACGCCCCAUACCGAGCUCGCUCAAGAUCGUGCAGAAGACCAAGCCAAUGUGGAGAUCCUGACAAUUUCUCCAACCUCUCCGGCCUUGCACUCGAUGAGAUCGACAAUAUCGACGAUGAUGCCGCUCAGGACAUUGAUGAAGUGUGGUUCUCUGGUGGCCAUGCUGAUGUUGGUGGAGGCUGGGAAAUGCUCGAGGGUAGCAAGAGUACCAGUCACAUUCCCCUUGCCUGGAUCGUGAGAGAAGCUCAGAAAGCUGGUCUCACGUUUGACGAUGAAAAGGUCGCUGAGAUGGGAUGCUGUGCUGCUCAUGACUGGCAAGAAGCUACAGGACGACCGCCAAUUCCUGAUCUUCGAGUUUCCAGCGGCAGUGGAGGUCCAGGUCGUGCACCUGAUAUGCCAAUGGACGAAAAAGAAGACCAUCCCAAGAACGAUUUCCACGAUAUAAUGCACGGCGCCUGCACAGCUCGAAUCCACGACUCCCUCGAAUACGGCCAAGGUCUCGGUCCCUUCGCCGUAACAGCCUGGAAAAUCAUGGAGUACAUGCCCUUCCGUAGAAUGGAUCUUCAGCCCGACGGAUCAUGGAAGCCAAUCCGCUGGCCCCUCCCAGGAGGUGAGGUCCGAGAUGUACCUGAUACAGUACGAGUCCAUGGAAGUGUAAUUCGCCGUAUGAAGCUUGAUGAGAAUUAUCGGCCUGGAAAUCUCAUCAUUGGUGGUGGUGGUAGGGGUGUUAGAAAGGCCUCUGCUCAGCACGGUAUUGGUGAUUGGGAGUGUGUAGCUGAUCAUGGUGAUCCAGUUGGUGAGAUUUGGAUGAGGAAGAAGAAAGAUGACAGAUACAGAGAUUAA